AUGGCCCGUAGGACAGUCUACGAUCAGGCGACCACCGGUUUCGCCGGUGGGAAUUCACCCAUCACCCUUCCAAACAUCCCGAACGAUCGGUCCUGGCAGAUUCCAUCCUACAUUAUGACCGCCAUCACAAAUUCUUGCCAGUUCCAUGGUCGUGACGACGAGGAUGCCCCCGCUCAUAUCAAUCGCAUCACUCGUCUCUGCAGCACCUUCUCCAUUGAGGGUGUCAAUCUUGAUGCUAGGUAUCUUCAGGUUUUUCCGUUCUCACUCGCUGGACGUGCAGCCGUCUGGUUCGAUUCCCAGCCCGCUGGCACUUUCACUACUUGGGCAGGUCUUUGCGAUGCAUUCUUAGCCAAGUAUUUUCUGCCAGCCAAGGCGUCUCGCCUUCGUGACAAGAUUCACUCAUUUCGUAUGGAGCCUGAUGAGCCGUAUCACUUAGCUUGGGAGCGUUUUCAGACCCUGAUAUCCCGUUGUUCUCAGCAUGGUCUAUCCGAUUGGGCGUUAGUCGAGAAAUUUUACAAUGGUCUUACUCCUGAGAUUAGAGCUCGCUUCUAUACUUCAGCAGGAGGUCAGCUUAUGGGAAAGAAGACGGUGGCUGAGUGCAAUAACUUGUUGGAGAGCUUUGCUCUCUCUGAUAUGGACUACAACACUACCAGCAGGACUUCCAUUCCUGUGCGUACCACCUCGGCCGGUCGAGGGGUAAACCAAGUUAGCUUGGAUCCAUCGGUAGCUGCUGUAGUCGAGAGUUUGAGGCAGGAGAUGAGGCAGGAGUUGAGCGAGAUAAAGAAGAAAGUUGAUAGGUGUGAGGUUUGUCGAGGAGGUCAUGAUACUAUCGAUUGUCCUACCCUUACUCUUGAGCAGUUGGAGUACAUAGCCGGUCAGUCUAGGGGUCCCACGAAUCCGUUCAAUAAUUCUAACUCCAGCUGGCGCGGUAGUGGUAAUGCAAGUGGUUAUCAUUCGUCUGGAAAUCCUCCUGGAUUUCCAUCUGGUCAGUAUAAGAGUAGAGGGCCCGGUAUUUACACGAGUUCUGGUUCAGGGCAGUUUAGUGGCUCAGGUUCGAGUGGGCAGUUUGCGAGUGGAGGAUCGACUCAGGAGAGUCAGGGUAGUGGAAAGGCUCCUGAGGGUAGUCUGAGCAGGUUGGAGGAGAUGUUCGCUCAGAUGAUGACGCAGAAUCAGGCGUUCGUUAAAAGUCAGGAGCAGACUAAUAAAAAUCACGAACUCCAGCUCAAGAGUCAGCAGGCCGUCCUUCUUGAUCUUCAGAGAACAGUAGGUGGACUUGAUAAGCAGUUGCAGGAGCACCCGCUGGGUCAGUUUUCAGGAAACACUUUCACGAAUCCCGCGAAUCAGUCAGCGAAGGCUAUUACGACCCGUAGUGGGAAGAGUUUGGGAGAGGUAGUGAGAGAGAGAGUUAAGGAAGAGAAAGAGGAAGAAGUCGAUGAGGAGAUCGAGAUGGAGGCUCCAGGCAAGUUGAAAAUCAAUCUUCCGUUUAUCGAGGCGCUUCAGUCUAUGCCCAAGUAUGCGAAAUUUCUCAAAUAUCUUUUGAAGCGUAAGGAGAGAAUCCGUGAGCUUUUGAAUAUUCCGUUGACAGGAGGUUGUUCCGCGGUAGUCUUGAAUAAGCUACCAGAGAAACUGACCGACCCUGGUACUUUCACGAUUCCAUGUUUCUUCGGUAGAGCCGUUACCCCUGCCCACGCCUUACCCAAUUUAGGGGCCAGCAUCAAUCUGAUGCCGUUUUCGUUGUAUGAGCGACUUGGUCUAAGAGAGUUUACACCCACGCGUAUGUCAUUGUCCUUGGCUGAGCGAUCAGUCAAGUAUCCUCGUGGGAUAGUAGAGAAUUUGUUGGUGAAGGUUGAUAGGUUUGUGUUCCCAGUGGAUUUCAUUGUGCUCGAUAUGGGGGCCGAUGAGAGAGUUCCUAUUAUUCUGGGCCGUCCAUUCCUUCGAACCGCAAAGGCGAUCAUCGACGUCUUUGACGGUAAGAUUUCUCUUCGUGCGGGUGACCAGAUUGUCACAUUUGAGAUUGAUAGAGCGAUGCAGCAUCCUGGCGGUCGUGAUGAUGAUAGUGGGCCGUGUCAUUCCGUUUACUUUCUAAAUUCAUUCAUAUCUUGCGUCGACACGUGUCUUGAGUACAUCAGUGGAGCUGAUUUACUAGGCGAGGGAGUCGUUGACGAGCAUGAUGAGGAGGAGGUUGAAGAAGUAGAGGAGGAGCAGUUGGAUGAGAGUGAUGAGUUGUGUGUUUCUGAGCCAUUGGAGCUAGACGCGAUUAGUGAUGAGAGUACUCCUGUAGAGAUUCCACCGCCUUUAGAACUUAAGGUUCUUCCAUCACACCUUGAGUACGCAUUUCUAGGAGAGAAAAAGUGA